AUGCAAGCGAAUGGUUCUCACCAGCAGAGGGCGUUGGAAAUGCCCGAGAUCGUGACGUUGAUUCUACGCCAAAUGGACAUGGGCACCCUGCUUACCUCUCAACGAGUCUGUCAUAUGUGGGCGGACUUGAUCCGCGAGUCAAAGACCCUCCAACAAGACCUCUACUUCUUACCUACUAUCCAUGAAGACAAUAAAGCGCUCCGAUAUCGCAACUCAUUGCUUGCCGAGAAAUUCCAGUUCCUAAAUUCACUGGUGGAUCUUAACGACGAGCACAAGUAUGCCUUUGAGGGAUCGAGGGAGUGCGAGUGGAGCGAUAUCAGCCUGAGAAAUUUGGAUUUGUUAAAAUCUGCAACGAAGCAAGAGCAGUAUAUGCGCCCUGAAGCAAGCUGGCGCCGCAUGCUGACGCACCAACCACCUUUAUACACGGUGGGCAAGUUCGAUGGAGGGAGCGGACGAUUCGGUACAAGAUGGACCCAGUCAAAAUCUCCAGAACAAGUGAACGGUCUUCGAUUGGAAACACUAUUUUAUUGGAUUGCCAACUUACUACUUCAGUCGGAGUGCGAAAUCUCGAUCUAUAUUGGGGGAAGCUUGACUACUGAUGUCAAGCAUGUGCAUCAUGGGAGAUCCACAGGUUGGCGGUCUAGGGAGGUAAAUGGUGACUGGGAUAGAAUGGUUAGGGAAUUCGAUCUUGUCCUAGCUCAGAAAUUUCCCUUUUUUGGGAGUUGUUGGUUUCAGGAUUCCGAUGGCGAAGAAGAAGCUCGUAAGCCAACCCAAAACGAGUCAAUUCUGGCGCAGAUUCAUGGGCUUCGCCAGGAAAUGUCUAGGAUAUUACACGGUCUGGAUUUUGAAUCUUACAAUGAGGGCUCGGAUCACAGUAUAUGA